AUGUGUUCUACAGCUGUCAAUGACAGUGACACAUAUGCUCUUAUGUAUCAACAAAGCAAUUUUGGAUUAGAUGGUAUCAAAUGCUUCAAUAUCCAUGAACCGAGCACUGAUGGUAUAGUGAUAUCUAAGCUAUGUCGUAUCAAACCUAAUGAUACAUGGACAGUCAUUUCUCAAGAAGGACAAGCAAAACAGCUUCAUGAACAAGCACUUGUGGAAUCGUUUGUAGAGACAUCGCUAAAACGCAAACCCUCAAAAGCAAAUGCAAAGGAAACCACUGACGAUGCAAGUCUUGAUUCAUCAACAGAAACGUCAACUGCAACUGACAUAGAGAUGUCCAUAAGGCUAGGAACGUCCACUGCAACUGACAUAGAGCCGUCUAUAACGUCAGAAACGCCGACUGCAACUGACAUAGAGCAAAUUAUAAUGUCAGAAACAUCAACUGCAACUUUCAUGGAGAAGUCUGUAAGGCCAGAAACGUCAACUGCAACUGACAUAGAGCCAUCUAUAAUAUCAGAAAUGCCAACUGCAACUGACAUAGAGCCAUCCAUAAUGCCAGAUUUGUCUGAACAAUUUGAAGAUGUACAAGAAAUUGAAGAUGUACACCACAGAAAGGAACAUGUUAAAAUGUCAACGAGUUUAAGAACACAAGAGGAAGACCAGAAGAAGGAAAUAGACAAGAUGAAUAGAGAGCUAGCACUUCCAGAGGACCUCGGUGAAAGGGUACUUGAGUAUACAUCCACGAAAAAACCCGGCAAAGAGAAUGAGCUAUCUGUAAAGAUAUACGAUUUUGCAGGCCAGCAGGUUUAUGCUUCAACACAUCAGGUGUUUUUGGCAUCAAAAGCUGUUUAUAUUCUUGCAUUCAAUCUUUUGGAUGACUUGGACUCAAACCUCAAACAUGAGCAUAUCCAAUACAGUGAUCAGACUCUAUUAAAUUGGGUGAAGAUGAAAAUAAAGCCAUUAAACAAAGUAAAGCUUAACGAGACAAAUCUUGAACGGCUUCAUUUUUGGCUGAAGUCAAUACAUGCAAAUGGAAAAGUAAGUGGACAAGCAGCAGGUCAACAGCAACUGUCACCACCUAUAUUCAUUGUUGGAACACACAUGAAUGAAUUAUCUGGAAACAAAACAAGAAGAGAACAGAAGCUUAAAGAGAUUGAGGAGAAGAUAUUUUCGUCAUUGAAAGAUACUCCUUAUGAACAUCAUGUUGUUAGAAAACUGUUUGCCGUUGAAAACAGCUUAGAUGAAGACAAUGGAAUUUCAGAGCUUAGAAGUCACUUGGAAGAGGUUUGCCUUGCUGAGCCCUACAUGGAUUUUCUUACCCCAGUAACCUGGCUGAAAUUGCUUGCAGAUCUAGAGGAGAAGCGAAAUGAAGGAAAGCACUGUCUUAAGCUAGAAGAGGUGAAGGCUUUGGCUGAGGAAUGCAAAAUCAAGGGAAGUAUCCACAUUGUUUUGAACUUCUUUCAAGAUAUCGGAGAGGUUGUUUAUUUUGGGAGAGAGGAAGAUUCUGACGGAAACCUUUUGAAAGAAAAUAUCAUUCUAGAUCCACAAUGGCUGGUUGACUUGUUUAGAACUAUCAUAACACACAUAGAUUUUGGAGAGCAACAUGCAGUCUAUGUGAAGUCAUGGAGGAGGUUAAAAGAAGAAGGAAUCUUGGAGGAACGAUUAGCAGAUCAUUUGUGGAAGGAUGUUGGGGUGUCAAAGGAAUUCUUGUUUGAGAUUAUGAACAAGUUCUAUCUUAUUUGCGAGAAGGUUUCGGAGAAGGAUGUAGGAUCUGAUUCAUCUGAAGCUGGAAGGCUAUUCCUCGUACCCUGCCUCUUCAAAGACUUCAAGUGUAAGUCUCAUAAGCUUGUGAAAAAAAGAUUUCCCAUGAUACAUUUCUACAUCGACUUCCAAGGGUUCCUUCCCAGCGGACUCUUCCAUAAGGCACUCGUUAGGAUUAUUGCCUGGUCUCAGGAUCAAGGAGGUCGUGAUCUGCCACUAUUUCGCAAGCGUGGAGAGUUCUAUGUAGAUCAUGCUCACGACAUGGUCUUGCAGUUAAGUCCACUUGACAAGUCUACGGUUGAGGUUAUGAUUCUGAGGGUUGAUGGAAAAGCACAGGAUCCUUGUAAAAGGAUUUGUAGAAAGGUGUACCAGUUACUAAAAGAUUGUUUUGGUGACAUCUGUACAAUAUGGGCGAAAGGUCUGAACUACCAAUUUGCUAUCGCAUGUGAUCAAUGUAAACGUGACAAACCACAUCUGCAUCCAUUUGAAGAUUGCCAAAAACCAAAAGUUCCUUGUUCCAAAUCCAAACGGAUGGAUGUGACUAAAUACCAGGAGAGCUUCCUGAAAGAAUAUCAUGAAUCUACUUGCCCGGAUUGCAGCCUUUGCAGAAGUGACCAAAGUCCUGCACGCCCAAUCGCAGCAGCAGCAAGUGCAAUUCACAAGGAAACAGAGCAAUUAUCAGCUCCAGGCUGGAUCUGCCCCUGCUUUCCAAGAGUGCUUCUAACAGUCUCACAGAGCAUCGGUGCAGAUCUUAACAUAUGGAAAGUGGCCCUCAAAGAUGAAAUUAUGAAUGCAAAUACUGUACAUAAGGCAGCAGAGGCAACUGAGCUGUUAGAUGCUCUGAGGGACACUGCCAAACUAAAGGCAGAUGAUAUAAGCAUCCUGUUAGAGACCAUUAAGCUCACCGGUGUACUCAGUUUGCGGAACCACAUCCCCAACUGUCCACGCCUUGAUAAUAUCAAGAUCACUCACUUCUCAAAGUUCAGGCAGUCUGUGGUGGCCUUUGGAAUGCAACUCAUCGACCGUGACAUUAGGUUGAUUGUACAGCGUUAUGAGCUUCCUAGCCAAUACAGUGACAAGUGGUCACUUAUAAUGGACUUGGAAGAUAAUCUCAUACUGGCAGACGAUGAUAAGUUACUAGAUGAUUUCAAACAUACCUUAGAUAAGCUAGGACUGAGAAGACUCUGCCGACUGUUCUAA